GGACGCCCCGAGUCUUCCGCCUCCUCCCGCCGCCCAGGGUCCAGCGCCGCUCCCCGCGCCCGCGCCCGCGCCGGGACUAGGACCGAGCACCCUGCGGCCGGAGCCCGCUCAGCAACGGCUUCCGGAGCCCGCGCGGCGGCGGGCCGGGCGGCGGAGCCUUUAGUGAAAACUCUGUGAUUCAAGAUGGCCCCAAAUAAGUCCAAACGUCAGAAGAAACCCGUGGCCCUGCACAAAGUCUUGGUGGCCGGCAGCAGCUGUGGGAACCGGGCCGCUCUGACUCUCCGGUUCCUGUACGGGGAGUCGGUGCAGGACUAUGAGCCCACCAGAAGCCUGAGCUAUCGGAAGAACGUGGUGCUGGAUGGGGAGGAAGUGCAGAUCGAUAUCGUGGAUCCAGUAGGGCAGGACGACUACGCGGCAAUUAAAGACAGCUACAUACGGACCCGGGAAGGUUUCCUUUGUGUCUUCUCCGUUACAGAAAUGCAAUCCUUUGCAGCCACAGCUGACCUCAGGGAGCUGAUUUUAAGAGUUAAAGAAGAUGAGAACGUUCCAUUUCUGUUGGUUGGUAACAGAUCAGGUUUAGAAGAUGAAAGGCAGGUUUCUGUCCAAGAAGCGAAAGCCAGAGCCGAACAGUGGAAUGUUAAUUACAUUGAAGCAUCCGCAGAAACGCGUACUAACGUUGACAAGAUAUUUUUUGAUUUGAUGAGGGAAAUUCGAGCCAGAAAGAUGGAAGACAGCAGAGAGAAGAAAGGGAAAAAGGAGAGGAAAAGUUUAGUCAAGAAAAUGAUAGAAAGAUUCUGCAUUUAUUAAUCAAAGCCCAAACUACUUUCUUAUCUUGACCAUUACUAAUAAAUACAAUU